CACAAGCACACAUAUACACAAAUAGGAGCGUAGUUGAGAGGCAAGGACUGCAGCAGCAUGCACCAACCGUGGCUGAGCUGUUCAGGGACACAAGGAAGGGGAACACAGGAGAGAAAAUAGCAUACUAUCUCACACCAGCCAGAGGGUGCAUGUUUUCAGUGGAUGGAACAAUGUAUUUCAAGAGCAGAUAGCUUAUGUUAUCCGGCCUCCUCUGCACUGUCUCUGCAUCCAAUUCACCCUGCUCCUCCCACUCCAACUCUUCCUCCUCCUCCUGUCUACAGCAUCGUUAAACAGGACUACAAAUCGACCGGGACUGGUGAGUGGUGGAUGGUCAGGUUUUGCCCUGGGUGAAAGAUUCUUCUGUGGAUAUGCUACACCUCCACCACCGGUGACGGCUGGAUUCUAAUCGACAUUUGGAUUUAGAAGAUAGCCCACAACCUGCAAGGAAUCUUGGAUGUGUGUGUCAUUUUCUACCAGUGUUGUCAUUGGCGCAUUUCCUCUAUUUCACUGGUUGUUUUAGCCUUUUCUGAGACUGGCUAGCAGGCACUGCAGCAUCAGGACCACAAGACCCAGUGAAGGGGUAGGGCAUGAGGACCCAGUGGCGACCCAAAGGACGGGCUUGAGUGCUUCCAUUGCUACCACUGCUGCUGAGCUGAGCGAUUGGGACAGCGGGUGGAAGAGAAGAUGCUUAUGGCCCGAGACACAGCGCGGGACGAGGCUCAAAAACUACACAGGAAGUGGCUGAAGCACCAGGCCUUUAUGGCAGAACUGGCCCGCAAUAAAGAAUGGCUGGCCAAGAUAGAACAGGAGGGUCAGGAGCUGAUCCAGGAGAAGCCAGAGUUGCGUUCAGUCGUACAGCAGAAACUGGAGGAGAUCCGAGAGUGCUGGUCUGACCUGGAGAGCACGACCAAGGCCAAGGCCCGACAGCUCUUUGAAAACAACAAGCCCGAGCCAGCAGUGAAGAGCUACUCAGACCUCGACAACCAGCUCUCACACCUGGAGCAGCAGCCCCCUCAGCUGGAACAGGCACACCAUCUGCCCACCUUCAAUGAACAGCUCCAGAAAUUCCAGGCUAUGGAGUCUCAGAUAGGGGACUUUUACAAAGAUGUGGGAGAGGUGGGAAGCUUGCAGGGGGUCUGCCUACCCCAGCGAGGACUGAUGGCAGGUGACAAGGAAAGUGGUGAGCAGUCAGGCAUGGUAGAAACACGCAUCGUCCGCCUCAUUGAGCCCCUGAAGGAAAGACGCCGCAUCCUACUGGCUUCAAAAGAGAUGCACCAAGUGGCUCAGGAUCUGGAGGAUGAGAUACUGUGGAUUCAGGAGAGGCUUCCCUUGGCCUCCUAUAAGGAUUAUGGGAAUAACCUCCAGAGUGUACAGCAGCAUGUAAAAAAGAAUCAGACACUCCAGAGGGAGGUGACAGGGCGGCGGGCUCGUGUUGAGGAGGUUCUAGACCGGGCAGGAAUUAUUGCUUCGCUGAGGACACCUGAGGUGGACUUUAUACGUGAAGGGGCGGGACAUGUGCGCCAGCUGUGGGAGGUUUUGCAGCUGGAGACGGAGAGGAGGUCUGUGAUGCUGGAUGCCACACUGCAGGCUCAGCAGUACUACAGCGAGGCGGCUAAAGUGGAGUCCUGGCUGUCAGGUCAGAAGCUCCAUCUGGUCAAUGAAGAAAAAGGCACGGAUGAGGUGAGCACCCUGCAGCUGCUCAAGGCCCACCUGGCUCUGGAGCAAACAGUGGAAACAUAUGCAGAGACAGUAGGCAUGUUGUCUCAGCAAUGCCAGCAUCUACUGGAACUGGGACACCCAGAAAGUGAGCAGAUCACCAAGCAGCAGUCCCACAUAGACCGGCUGUAUGUGUCUCUGAAGGACAUGGUGGAGCAUAGGAAGACUAAACUGGAGCAGCAGUAUUGGCUGUAUCAGCUCAACAAGGAUGUGGAGGAGUUAGAGAAGUGGAUCACUGAGCGCGAAGCAGUGGCCAGUUCCACUGAGCUGGGCCAAGACCUCGAGGACGUCACGGUGCUUCAGGAGAGGUUCACCAAGUUUGCCUCAGAAACCAACAGCAUUGGCCAGCAGCGCAUGGAGCAAGUGAACAAAAUGGUGAAUGAGAUGAUCGACUGCGGUCACUCAGACGCAGCCACCAUUGCUGAGUGGAAGGAUGGACUGAAUGAGUCAUGGGCUGACCUCCUAGAACUAAUGGAGACCCACAGGCAGAUGCUGGCAGCAUCACACCAGCUCCACAAGUUCUUCACUGACUGCAAAGAGGUCUUGGCCCAGAUCGCAGGAAAGAUGAAGCAGCUGCCAGAGGUGAGGGCAUGCCAAGCCAACAUCACCAAUCCAGCCACCCUGCAGAGACUCAUGCACUCCUUUGAGCAUGCCCUUCAGCUGCUAGUUGCACAGGUGAGGCAGCUGCAGGAGAACGCUGCCCAGCUGACGACCAUUUAUGCUGGUGAGAAAGCUGAGGCCAUCAUGGUCAAAGAGCAAGAAGUGAUGGAGGCGUGGAAGGAGCUGCUGAGCUCUUGUGAGGCCAGUCGCGUCCAGGUCACUUCAGUAACUGACAAGGUGCAGUUUUUCUCAGAGGUGCGUGAAAACCUGAUGUGGAUGGAAGGAAUCAUGGGCCAAAUUGGAUGGGAUGAGCCCAGGGAUUUGACGGCUCUGGAUGUGAUGAUGAAACAACACCAGGAGCUGAAAGUCAAAAUAGACAGCCGCAGCAAGACAUUACAGCAGUGUGCAGAGCUCGGCAAGAUCCUGAUAGCUGCAGGCAAUCCUGCAUCUGAGGAGAUAAAAGAGAAGUUGGACAGCCUGCUGUCGAAGCAGAAGGAUCUUUUUGAAAAAUGGGACAAACACCAGGAAAGGUUACAGCACAAGCAGGAAAAGUUCCAGUUUGCUCAAGAGACAGUAACGGCAGAAGCCUGGCUGAAGGCCAAGGAGCCUCUGAUCACCUCCAAGGAGCCAGAGGGAGGAGGGGCCCAGGCCCAAUCAGAUGAGGCUGAGCAGCUCAUCCUUCGCCACGAGGCCUUUCGCAAGGCUGCUGUUACUUGGAAAGAACGCUUCAGCUCUCUUCGUCAGCUAUCUGUAGCUGAGAAGAAAAAAGAAGAGGACAAAAAGACAAUCCCACUCUCCAGCCGAAGGAUGUUCCCAUUAUCUUGUCUAACUCCCGGUGUUCCCUCAACCAGUGCUACCUCAUCUUUUUUGAGGCAGACAGUGCAGGCACACAUAGAACCCCAACCACUGGGUACCACUCCUGGAACCCAGAGAUUGUCCUCAACAUUAGCCAGCUAUAACCCAGUUAUAAAUGGAUCAGGUUACCAUGGACUGGAACAGCAGUGCAGUGGGAAGUUGGUGAGCUCCUCAUACCUUGCGAUGAACAACCAGGCAGCCGGAGGUGGAAGUGACUCCGGUUUCUCAGCAUUAACCUCCCAGAGUGGUGGAGUAGACACCUCUAUUUACCUUGGGAUAAACCAUCAAACUACUGGCAGUGCAGAAAGCUCUGGGUACUUUGGACUGACAACUGGGUGUCUUGGUGGUGUGCAAAAGCAUCUAGGCAGUGGCAGAUUAGGAAGUUUGAGUAACAUAGCUCAGCAACCAAGCAGUGGAGGUAUGGGCAGCCCUGGCUUUGUGCCUCAACAGAAUAUGGGCAGUUCUGGAUAUUUGGCCCAGCCACAAAAUUUGGGAAGCUCUGGAUAUCUGGCGCAACAGCCUAAUAUGGGGAGUUCUGGGUACCUAGCACAGAAUUAUCAAAGCAGUGGGGGACUGGGUAGCUCAGGCUUUCUGGCACAAAAUCAUUACAGCAGUGGAAGCCUGAGCAGCUCUGGUUAUCUGGCGCAGAGUGGUGGCAUCAUGGACCCUAAAAUGGCAUAUGCAUGGCAGCACCUAAAAGCUGACUUUAUGCAGCCCAGGAUCAAUCACAUCCACAAAGCUAUAAACCCCCUCCUAGAAGCCAGCAGAGUGCAGCGAGAACAGUUUGGAGACAUCCCAAUGGUAGACAUAAUAGGCCCAGAGUCAGGACUGGAACUCCUACAUGGCCGUCUCCAGAGGGAUCCCCGUGGCAGCCGUUCUGACCCUCAGAUGGACCAUCUGAGACGAGAGAGGGAGUACAAGCUGGGUAGACAGACCUCCAGCGAACAGGAGAUCCAGGCAAGGCUGAAUGAGUUGCCAAUGAUUGUGCGACAGGAGCGCUACCGAAGGCGCCUGGAGAGGCAGUCAUCAAGUGAACAGGAGGGCAGCGGCAAGCAGAGGAUACAGAGACAGGAUUCAAGUGACCUGGAGGGCUCCAUUAAGGAGGGCUCUGACAAACGCUCAGGGGAGAAAAGAUCUACUAUGGCAGAGAUUGUAGAACAAGUUCAGGAAAGAGAGGCAGCGCAUGCAAGAGGAGAGAAUUCUCGGCCUCCCAGUAGCCUCUCAGCACCACUGACUCGUUUUGAUGGACGCCCUCGUGCUCGAGAUCGUCCAAAACCAAGGAGAAGGCCCCGUCCAAAAGAACCUGAGGAGACGCGACGUUCUCGUUCAGCCCCAGCAACUGGUGCCCCAACGACACCUCAGCCGCCUUCACACACUGCCCAUAAUGAAGGCUUCCUCUACCGCAAAAAAGUAACCAACUCUGACCUAGAUGCUCAGCAGAGGAGCCCCAACAGCAAGUCGUGGGUGAAUGUAUAUUGUGUGCUGAAAGAGGGAAAGAUGACCUUUUACAAGGAUGCAAGGAACCACAAAACAACGUACAAUGGAGAGCCUCCCGUUGACCUUAGUGACUGCUCAUUUGACCCUUCACUGGGAUACAAGAAGAAGAAAAAUGUUUUCAUUCUUCAAGUAAACGAUGGGAACAACUUUGUAUUCCACGCUAAAGAUGAGGAGGACCUGAAGGCCUGGACUUCAAAUAUCUGCACCUGUAUAGCUGAGCAUGAGGCCAUGGCCAAGUGGGACAAGCCAGGCACCUCCUCCAUGGACCCCGACCGCUCAGAGAGGAAGGAGAAGUCGGAGGGGGAUGCAGAUGCCAGGUCAGAGAGGUCUGAGCUCAUCGAAGGGGAAGAGAGGUCUGAGAAGGAGAGGUCGGAGAAAGGGGAUGGUUCUGAGAAGUUAGACACGUCAGAAAUCGCAGACAAGGUGGAGGGCGGGGCAGGGGGCUCCAGCACAUCUGGAAAAAGCAAAUGAGGAGCCCCUUUGUGUUUUAAUGUUACUCCCUGACAAAUGGUGUAGGAGACAGUGGGUGAGAGGGAGGGAUGGAGAGCAUGUGCAGCUAGGUUUGCAGACCCUCAGUCAAAGAGCUGGAACACGCUGAGGCCACGGUCCUUCGACUGACUACUGUAACUGUGACAGACUAUUCUCUCAGCCCCUCCCCUUCACCCAGGCAAUACAUCAGUGCUUGCUUUGUGCCACCUGCUGGUAGAUGGGUGGUUGGCCCAGACAGACUGAUAGACAGAAUCCAACAAGUGGUUCCAGGAAUUAGUCACUGUCAUGUCCCAUCACUGAUCGUUUAAUCUCAGAUUUACAGCAUCUUUCUCUAUGUAUCUCUGACUGAUAAUGUAAUGCUCUGUCUAUCUAGACAAACCCAAGAAGUGGUGAAUGAAAUGUUUCCCAAUAUUAAAAAAGAAAACAUGUUUUUUUGAAGCAAUAUACUUUUUUAUUUCUUCUCUUUGUUAGAGAGAGAAAGGGGCAAAAUAGACAAUAAAUAGUUGCAAAUGUGAACUCUAUGAUUUGUCCCAUCCAUGUAAACAUACUCCAGACAGUUGUGCACCUUAAACACUUGACACAUCUGUAUACUAAUUUAAUGCCAUUACAUGGCUAGCUUUCAAUCAUGGUAAUAUAAUGGAACGUUGGUGUUACCCACCCGACUUCAUUGUUGCCAAUGGAUAUGCGUUUCUACAGUUUCUUUUCGGUUAUUAUUAUUAUUAUUAUUUGUCCGCAAUGAUCAAUGUCAAGAAAAGAGCCUUUGAAUUCAAGGUGUGUUCAAAGUGGCCAUGCUCAAACUUACAAUGCCUUUGUAUACAUGACCAAAAUCAAAACAUUGCAUGAAAUAGUCUGUUAGUGCACCUGUUAAACUUGCCUUUAUUUUUUAUGUUGGGCAGUAUUGGAAUUGCAAUAACUGAAUGUGAAUGGAGUAAAAAUGUCCUUUUGCUAUCAUGGUCCACCCUUCAAAAUCCAAAGGGAAGUUUGACAGAGAAGGGUUGUCUUCUAUCCACAGUAAGCAUGAGAAGAAGGGAUGCAUUCUUCGUGAUCUGUAACAUGAAUUACGAUGCCAAAUGGCCUUUCGUUGUUUGUACUGUAUUACUGCAAUUUCUUUUCCACAGAAUGCACUGAUUUCAGCUGUGAAAUGCUCAAUCACUGAGUGUGUGGUGUCUAAAACUGUAAAACCCCGAAGCAGUUCACUGAGAGUUAAAGCUCUCUGUACCCUGUGUCUUUCAUCUGAAGUUCAAACUGAUUGGGAUCUCUCCACCAAAGGCAAGUUAAUGUCAUGAGUCACAUCAUGAGUUGUAUAUACUUAUCUUUGUAUGUAUACCAGUAAAUCCUGCGCUCUAAUAAAACUAUAUAUGAACUGAAGUGAGUAAAAUUAAAACAUUUGUGUUAAUACAAAAUUAAAACAAUCAUCAGUCAUAUAUAUAUAAAUGUUUAUUACAUUUAAAUGGAAAUUAUUCAAAUUAGGAGUCACUAUUAUCUAUCAUAAUGUAUAUAAGUACACCAGUAUCUAGUUGUAUGAAACACAAGUCUUUUACCAGGGAAGAGCAGCAGGUCAUACUGUAGGUAUACUUGCUGUAUUUUUACAUACCAUAUCAGAUUCAGGAGUUGCCCCACAGCCCCAGUAAGAACUUGUACUAAUAGUUAGUGUGUCUGUGAAUGGUGUGCUAAAUUGAUAUAUUACCAACAAGAAAACAUCUGCCAGCCUGGGCUGUUCACCACAUGCUCAGUCAAAUCUUUGGUGACUAAACUUAGUGCAGCCCAGUAUGUAGUGCAGAGCAGUAUGCUGUGAUCACAGAGAUGAACAGGCAUUAGUCCACUUUUAUUUGUCAGUUAAUUUUACAGUUAAUCCUCCCUUAAUAUCCGUAACAUUUGGUUAUUAUGACAUUGUACUUACAUUAAAGAACAAGGAAGAAAUAUCUGUGUACUGUGCAGCGACACACAGGUAACAGCUGUUGUAAUGUUUUCCAUUUUCCAUCAUGUGAAACUGCACCUCAGAUAUGUAAAAAAAUCACUUUUUAAUAGUCUUCCUUUCUAUUAAACACCAAAAGCAUAUCUCAGAUGCAUAAGGCUUUGAAUCCACUGGCUUGAGGCUUGUGGUGAUGGCGAGCUGUAUCUGUCUGCCAUUACUGCCACCCUCACAUCAGGUGAAUGAGAACAGAUGUUUAAUAUGAUGUAAACGUUAUUUUUAUUUAUGAGUCAUUGUUUGUCUUUACAUACGUGCCAUGUCAUGCAGUUUGCUGAAAGAGCGGGUCAGAAGAGAAAGCAACUGGUUAUUUAAACAUGAAUGACGUCAUCUGACUCAACACUCCUCUGACAGUGAGCCUGUUGUUGCAAUAUAUAUUUUUAUCACUGAAAUAGGAGCUAUAGUAUUUUCACGUGGCUGUAAUUGUUCAGACUCAUUGCUCAUGGCAGAUAUUUAGCCUGCAUCACCACGUAUGUUUUAUGGGUUUGCUUCCCAUCACUUUUAUGAAGCAAAGCUGAUUUUUUUUUCCCACUAUGUUACAAAAGUAACAGUUGAAAUGAAAUUGGCAGCACAAACUGUGAUUGCAGAAAAAAAAUAUUGUGCAAACUUUGUUUCCUUCAUUGAUGGUCUUAUAAGUGUGUGUAUGUCUUUGUUACUUUACAUUACUACUUGCUGCUAUGACAUUAAAUAAAUCUCCAAACUUGCUGAUGUAAA